AUGACACCACCUCCCUUCUCAGCCGAAUCCAAGCCAGAGACAAUAGCAUUAGCUGCCCUCUCACCAACAGCCUCCCCUACAAAUGUCCCAACUUCGACAGAAACCACAGAUACUACGGCACCAUCCACCCCGGCGUCGGAAAAGAAGCCGGUGAAAAAGCGGAAAUCAUGGGGCCAGGUCCUCCCAGAGCCCAAAACCAAUCUCCCUCCGAGGAAACGAGCAAAGACCGAAGAUGAGAAGGAGCAGCGCCGAGUCGAGAGGGUGCUUCGCAACCGAAGGGCCGCUCAAUCGUCUCGGGAACGCAAGCGCCAGGAGGUUGAAGCUCUCGAAAAGCGGAACAAGGAGCUCGAGGCCCGCGUUCUCAGCAUCGAAAAGACAAACCUCCUGUUGCUCGAGGAAUUAAACAAAUACCGGCGCACCACAGGCGUCGUGACUCGAUCCUCGUCGCCUCUCGACUCUCUUCAAUCAAACCCCGUUACCCUGACGUCCGAGCUGUUCAGCUCCCAAGAUAGCCACAAGGUCCUGAUCGACCAGCUCAUGUUCAACGAGCCAUCCAGCACUACUGUUGAUCCCUCCUCCCUCUCGCCCAAGCUAAGUCCCGACGUGGAUGAGCAGGAGUUGGCAGCCGUGGAACCAACCCCAGUCGCGCCGGCGACCACAUCAGCCUCUGCGUCUUCGACCUCGGAUCGAGCCACCGAAUUGACACAACGUCCUGCAGCGAUGUUGUGCGACCUGCAGUGUCAACAUUCGGUGGAUCUUCCGCGGUCGUGGACAACGUCGCAGAUGGAUCUGGUGCAGCCACGCUAUGUCCUUGAAAGCGGGCUUCUCUCUUCCCCCAACUCCGUCGAUUUUGAAAACGAUUAUCUGGCUGGUGACGCGGCCGCGCUCUUCCCGACGGACCUCUUCGACAUCUCCCAGUUCCUUCACGAAGAUGGGAACGGAGUCGUGUCCGACGCCACGGCGGCAAACGGCCAAUCCGUCGCAGCGGAAGCCGAACUCGACCUUCAUUUCGCCGACUUUGAGAAUCACUUCUCUUCGGAAAAUCUUAACCUGCAGCCCCACUCUGGCGCGUCCGCUUCAGGAUGCGACGAUGGAGGCAUUGCGGUUGGUGUCUGA